GCCGAUGUGGGUGGGGCGCCCGCCGGCAGGCGCCCUAGGGGCAGGUGGAGAGGCCCGCUGGGAUCGGGUGGCGCUGCGGAGUGGCGCUUCCAGCUUGCCACGCGCAAGGGCAGGGUCCCGAAGGUAAGCGCGCACGCCUCGGAGCGCGGUGGGAACCGGGUGGACCCUCAGGACUGGACGCAGACCACUCCCUGAUUCUGCUGAAUCUGCGGCGCUGGCCACCGCACUCGCUCCGGAGGGAGGAGGCUUGAGUGGUUCCUCGCGCGCACCAUUCACAAGCUCUUGGAAACCUCAGGUUCCAUGAUGGAGUUUGAACAUUACCUCAAGAGGUUUCAUAUUUUGGAUUAGUUAAUCACAUUUACCCUCUGCUGAGAACUUUGAAACUUCAGACUCAAUUUCUGUGUUCUUCAAGAUACUAAAUGCAGAGAGAUUGUGCCAUGGACUACAAGGAGAGCUGCCCAAGUGUAAGCAUUCCCAGCUCUGACGAACACAGAGAGAAAAAGAAGAGGUUCACAGUUUAUAAAGUUCUGGUGUCUGUGGGCAGAAGCGAGUGGUUUGUCUUCAGGAGAUACGCAGAGUUUGACAAGCUUUACAAUUCUUUGAAGAAACAGUUUCCCGCUAUGGCUCUGAAGAUUCCUGCCAAGAGAAUAUUUGGUGAUAAUUUUGAUCCAGAUUUUAUUAAACAAAGAAGAGCAGGAUUGAAUGAGUUCAUUCAGAACUUAGUCAGAUAUCCGGAGCUUUACAACCAUCCAGAUGUCCGAGCAUUCCUUCAAAUGGACAGCCCGAGACAUCAGUCAGAUCCAUCUGAAGAUGAGGAUGAAAGAAGUACUCCGAAGCCACAUUCUACCUCACGGAACAUCAACCUGGGACCAACUGGAAAUCCUCAUGCUAAACCAACUGACUUCGACUUUUUGAAAGUCAUUGGAAAGGGCAGCUUUGGCAAGGUUCUUCUUGCAAAACGGAAACUGGAUGGAAAAUUUUACGCUGUCAAAGUGUUACAGAAAAAAAUAGUUCUCAACAGAAAAGAGCAAAAACAUAUUAUGGCUGAACGCAAUGUGCUCUUGAAAAAUGUGAAGCACCCAUUCUUGGUUGGAUUGCACUAUUCUUUCCAAACAACUGAAAAGCUUUAUUUUGUUCUGGAUUUUGUUAAUGGAGGGGAGCUCUUCUUUCACCUACAAAGAGAAAGGUCUUUUCCUGAACCCAGAGCCAGGUUUUAUGCUGCUGAGAUUGCCAGUGCCUUGGGUUACCUGCACUCCAUCAAAAUAGUGUACAGAGACUUGAAGCCAGAAAAUAUUCUUUUGGAUUCAAUGGGACAUGUUGUCUUAACAGAUUUUGGACUUUGCAAAGAAGGAAUUGCUAUUUCUGAUACCACCACAACUUUUUGUGGUACACCAGAGUACCUUGCACCUGAAGUGAUCAGAAAACAGCCGUAUGACAACACUGUGGACUGGUGGUGCCUGGGAGCUGUUCUGUAUGAGAUGCUGUACGGGCUGCCUCCUUUUUACUGCAGAGAUGUUGCUGAAAUGUAUGAUAAUAUUCUUCACAAGCCCCUAAACUUGAGACCAGGAGUGAGCCUCACAGCCUGGUCCAUUCUGGAAGAACUCCUAGAAAAAAACAGACAAAAUCGACUUGGUGCCAAAGAAGACUUUCUUGAAAUCCAGAAUCAUCCUUUUUUUGAGUCCCUCAGCUGGACUGACCUUGUACAAAAAAAGAUUCCACCGCCAUUUAACCCUAAUGUGGCUGGACCAGAUGAUAUCAGAAAUUUCGACGCUGUCUUCACUGAAGAAACCGUUCCCUAUUCUGUGUGCGUGUCUUCUGACUAUUCUAUAGUGAAUGCCAGUGUUCUGGAGGCAGAUGAUGCAUUUGUUGGUUUUUCUUACGCCCCUCCUUCAGAAGACUUAUUUUUGUGAACAUUUUUGACAUUCAGAAACCAAUGAACGUCUGGCCUUCAGAAGCGUUGGAAACACCUACUUGUGUGAAUAUAUUCAACUAUGUAUAACAGUGCCUCAUUUUUAUAUGUAACAGUGAAAACUAUGAAAUAUGUAUUUUCUGCUGUAUGCAAGAAAUAGGGCAUUUCAAAGAGCUAAGUUUUGAACUGGAAUUUGUAUUCUUGUUUAUUAAGCUUAUUUUUAAACAAAAAUUUGAAGCUAUUAUUCUUAGCAUUAACCUAUUUUUAAAGAUAACUUUGCUAUUGACUGUUUUUUUCCUGUUAAGUUUACACUAACACAUCCAAGGUAGACUGUUUUAAUAGUCUGUUACAGUUAAGAUAAGAUGUAUUCAUAUCUUUACAAUUCUAUGACUUUUAUAGCAGAACUAUGCAAAUGGCACAUGGUGGUUUAUGGUGAAACCCUGUCUUCCCAUGAGAAUUCACUGUUCCCUUCUUAGUAGGAUUCAGAUGCCAAGGCAGAGGGAGCACGGGCUCUGCUAGUGGGCAGUAGCAGCUACUGCUCGCAGCCCCGUAAGAGAAAGCAAAAAGCAAUCAUUGGUUUUGGAAAUACCCAGUUCCCAUCCGUGCAUCAUUUUUCCUCUAGAGGAAAAGAAAAAUAUUUAAUAGCCAGAAAUUUUUAGAAUUCCCAGCAAACUGAGAAUAAAAUGCUUCCGGAUGUUUUUAGGAGGUGCCAAAUAUAAACGUCUCUGUCACAUAUUUAUAUUACAGAUGUUUUCUACUUAUGUCCUUUUGACACCUUGAAGGUUUGGUGUACUGUUGAAUAGGCCUAAACCUUGGUGUCUGUUUUUGCAAAUAGCUAUUUCAAAACUGCCUUCCUAAUUGAUCAUGUUUUUAGAUUGACAAAAAGAAGUAGCCUUCUAUAAUGUUUACCUAGUUGUGAAUUAUUUAAUAAAAUAGCAAGUCUGGGUCAGUGUGAAUGUGUGUCACCUAUACAUUCUAACAGAAGGUAACAAUAAUUUAGCAGUAACGUAUUCAGUAUUACUCAUUUUGUAGUGCCAGGGAUCCGACAUGCAAAAGGCCUCAUGAACGCUAAUAAGAGUAUUCCCUAUCUCUGCAGUACACAUGCCUCUUGGUAGCUUUGCGUGUCUUAGAAAUAGUUCAGAAAACUGGCUGUACAAACACAACAAGUCAGUUAACAUUCGUAUUCACAACGGUAAAAUAUGUUAGGUACAGAGAAGCUAUUUUAAAAGGGUGCUUCUUGGGACUCCAGUUCUAGAGGACAGUUUUCCAGGUCCUUUAGGGGACACUAUCAUGAGCUUAGCCACACUAAGAACAAACUUCCCUUGCACGUGGUACCUUGACAAAUGAAAAAUAUUUCUCGUCCAUACCCUUUGGCUUAAAUACGUUCAGCAGAAUGAGGAUAGACGGUGCUUCAGUGUGACAGGUAGUCUUUGUAUGCAUGCAGUGCACUGGACCUCCCGCACAGGUGAGAUGUUACACCGACACUGUACAUAAUUUGAUCUGGGUACUUAUGUCAGCUCUACUUUAAUACAGAGUUAUUUGUUGAUUAUAAAUCAGGACAAAAAUUGUACAUUUAUGAUUUUUUACUCUAAUAUCCCUUAAUUAAAUUGCCAAAAAUUAAAGUGCAAUAUUUUUAAGAACGAAUUUUAGAUUUUUGAUGUUUCUUGAGUAGUAAAAUAAAAUUAGCAAAAGAUUAAUGAUCAA